AUGUCUCCUCCCGUUUCAAACAUUCCAGCUUCGUCAGUACCUUAUUAUCCCUCAUACCCACAACAACCACCCGUUCAACCUCCACAGCCGGGUCUGACACCUAAUCCAAUCUACGGAUAUCAACCCCACCAGCAGGAUAUUGACGUAUCAAGCUGCCCUGUUGAUCAGACCAAGGGUUACCCAACAGGAGGAGGUGCAUCCUUGAAUUUUGAGCAACUCCACCAGCAUCAACAUUACUUUCAACAACCAUCAUUUGUAAACCCGGAUCAAAACAACAGGUCUCAAACGUCCUACCCAACUUCCUAUCAACAACCGACCCAUCCUGCGUAUCACCUUUCGCAACCCGCAUACGGUCAACAUCAGCCUUAUUCAAAUUCCCCUCAACCGCAAAACUACCUGAGUCAAGCACAACCUUCGCCUUAUCAACGUUUAGCUCCUCAACAUUCUUUGAGUCCUGCUGUGACCGGAUCUCCUGGAUUAUACAGCCUCUCUCCUCAACCAACAUACUCUCAACCUCUACCCAGCCAACCGACAGGUGCCGUUGAUCCUUCUUUGGUCUGGAAUCAGCCCAGCCAGCUAGCGCCUGCCCGUGUCAUCUCUCAGCCUCAAACUUCCAUCGUGCCGCAUCCAAAUCCUUCUGCCACUACGCAUUCGGUAUCGCCAAUCAAGCUCAAGCUAAGACUCAACCCACCACCUCUAUCUCAACUCCCUGAGAUGGCUGGUCGUUCACGUUCAGCGGCGAUCGUAGAGCAAGUGGGUUCAUAUGCUGGUAGACCACGAAGAGGAGCAUCUCAACGGGCACAAGCUCACAUGGUUAGUUAUAGAGAAGACGACGAAGAGGAGCUCGAAGAUGCAGAAGGAGAAGAUGAAGAAGAUGAAGAGCAAUAUAAUGAUGUGAAGUAUGAUCUUGAUCACAAGCAGCCUGCUACUGCUCCGCGAUCCACGAGGUCUACAAGAAUAGUAAAAGCACCUGAAAGGUUUGGAGACGAAGAUGACUUCGAGAACAAACUCAUGCCGUCUAGUCCUCCCGACCCAGAACCUAGGAGAGCUAGUGGAAGAGCUAGGAAGAUGGUUGUUGAUCCUGAUGAAGAUGAAGAAGAAUUCAAACCACCUCCCAGAAAUGCUUUUCCCACUCGUGCUACAAGGGCCUCAAUUGGCUCUACAACAGCAACACAACUUCCUUCAGCAGGUCCUUCAUAUACCAAUGGCAAUGCAAGAUCAUCAGGUCGAAACACUCGGCAGUCAAAUAAGGUCAGGCAUUCUUCAGCAGAUGGGGAAGAUUUUGAACCUACAGAAGAUGAAUCGGUAGAUGAACAUAUCUCCAGUGAUCCCCUAGGUAAUUACGAGGAUGAAGAAGAGGAGGAUGAUGAUGAUUUGGAAUCAAGAUCAUCUCGUGGUUCUCCCAGAAAGAGGAGUAGUAGGAAUACCCGAAGCAGCAGGACGACCACUCGCUCGGCACCGACUCGAAGAGCUACCAGGAACUCGAAACGUGCCGAGCCAGAUUCAGAUGACGAUUAUGGGGGUGGUAGACGUAAUUUAAGGGCUAGAACUUCUAGACCAAAUUAUCAUAUACCGACUAUGGAUGACCUCAGCAAAGAAAUUAGCAUGGCCGAAGUUAUCGCUGCUUCAGCUAGACCAAACGGUCGUCCUGGUGGGGUGGGUGGUUUAGGUGCAGGCGUCAGAUUUGGAGCAAGUACAGGUAAUAAAGGUCUGCCGUGGAGCACGAAAGGUAAAGAUCUGGCUCAAGCUAUGGGCGAUCCUGAUACCAGUGAUUCGGAUGAUUUUGCCUCACCUCUCAAGAGCGGUGCGGCUGGCCCGUCCAUGUCCAGCGCUGCGCCUGUGCAGAGGACCAACGCUGUGGGCCCUUCGGAUGUGCCAAACUAUGGACGAAUCAAUCCUAAGUCAAACAUGGCCGAUGCAGAUCCUCUUGGAGUAGACAUGAAUGUAACGUUCGACAACGUAGGAGGACUGGAUGAUCACAUCAAUCAACUGAAAGAAAUGGUAGCUCUACCUCUCCUAUAUCCGGAACUAUUUCAGCAGUUCGGUGUCACUCCUCCUCGAGGUGUUUUAUUCCAUGGUCCUCCUGGUACGGGUAAAACACUUCUAGCAAGAGCGCUGGCCGCGUCAUGUAGUACAGGAAACACCAAAAUUGCUUUCUUCAUGCGUAAAGGAGCCGAUGUACUUUCCAAAUGGGUCGGAGAGGCUGAAAGGCAAUUAAGAAUGCUCUUCGAGGAAGCGAGAGCUUGCCAACCCAGUAUAAUCUUCUUUGACGAGAUCGAUGGCAUCGCCCCUGUAAGAAGUAGUAAGCAGGAUCAAAUUCACGCUUCGCUAGUUUCGACUCUGUUAGCGUUGAUGGAUGGAAUGGACGGACGAGGCCAAGUCAUAGUGAUAGGAGCUACCAAUCGACCUGAUGCAGUCGAUCCUGCGCUUCGUCGACCAGGUCGAUUUGAUCGAGAAUUCUACUUCCCGUUGCCCAAUAGGACAGCUAGGAAGAAGAUCAUCCAGAUAAACACAAGAAAAUGGGAGCCACAACUUUCGGACGAAUUCUUAGACAAGUUAGCUCAGCUGACGAAAGGAUAUGGUGGUGCUGAUCUACGUGCCUUGUGUACGGAGACUGCUCUCAAUGCCAUCCAAAGGCGAUACCCGCAGAUAUACAAGACCGCUGAUCGGCUGCAGCUGGAAACGAAAUCAAUUCAUGUAUCUGCUAAAGACUUCAUGAUGUCCAUCAAGAAAAUUGUACCUUCCUCGGCUCGAUCAACAUCUUCCGCGGCUGUGCAGCUCCCUUCACAUCUCGUUCCUCUCUUAUCAGCCCCAUUAGAGCGGAUUCGUGAAGCGAUCGACCAUGUGCUCCCUCCAAGGAAGCACGCGACCGCUUUGGAAGAGGCUGAAUUUGAAGAGGAAGAAGGAGAUAGCUUCGAAAAGCACAUGAUGCUUCAAUCCUUGGACAAAUUGAGGACUUUCAAACCCAGAAUACUGGUUCACGGUGACGCAGGUAUGGGGCAAACCUACCUCGGACCUGCUAUCUUGCACCAUUUGGAAGGCUUCCACGUCCAGAGUUUCGACCUGGGUACUUUGAUGGGUGACUCGACUAAAUCGGUCGAAGCAGCCGUUGUGCAGCUGAUUAUCGAGGCUAAACGUCACCAGCCCUCGAUCAUCUUCGUUCCUGCAUUGUCAGCGUGGGCGUCAACUAUCAGUGAAACUGCUCGGGCAACAGUCAGAACUUUACUUGAUGGUAUUCCACCAUCUGAUCCAAUCUUGGUAUUUGGAAUGUCCGAUGCUCCUGUAGAUGAAUUACCUGGAGACGUGAGAGGCUUGUUCGGAUUCGGACCUGAGAACAGGAUUGAGUUGGAACUACCUACCAGAUCUGAACGAACGGAAUACUUCUCUGAUCUUCUGACCGCCCUGCAUCGCCCGCCGACGGAAUUUCCAGAUGGCGUUCCCCGCCGUAAGCGUGUGUUCGAGGAAUUACCGCUAGCUGCUCCCCUUCCACCACGUCAACCUACAGCAGCUGAGCUUCUGAGGGAGGAAGAGAAGGAUCAAGCUGCUCGAGACAUGAUCUUUCAGUCAUUCGUUCAUCUUGUCAGAGACUUCCUCAAAAGGCACAGGAAAGUUGUCGCCGGUGUCAAGGAGGACGCGCUUGCGUAUUCCAACUACUUGGCGGAGCAAGCUGCUAUAGCAAGUGCUCCUGCUCCUCCACCCGACAUUACAGACCCAGAGAUAGCUGCUAUCGUCCCCACCCUGGAUGGUGAUACAGCUAUGGCUAUCGACCCAUCAAUUCCGACGAUGGUUGCAGAUGAGCCGUUACCUGCUGUCAUCGUAUCUGAUGGGACUUCCGCUACAAUCUCGAUUCUUCCAGCAAUUCCGACAGCUCCCGCCGAAGCUGUCUGGCAAGCUCAUCCCGUCGAUAUUGACACUUUGCAAUUCAAGCUUUUGAAGCACAAAUAUUACACUCCAUCAGACUUCCUAUCAGACAUAGGUAAGAUAGAAGAAAACGCCGAGAAAUUAGGUGAUCCUGAACGAUUGGCUAGAGUGAAAGAGAUGGCUAGUAGUGCAAGGUAUCAUGUUCAGGGAUUUGAUCAAAAAUGGAUACCUGAAUUUGAAAGGUAUAAAGAGAGAGUGAUGGCUAAGAAAGCUGAGAAACAGAGAAAGAAGGAAGAAGCUUCGUUAGCUAAAGAAAAAGACAAGAAAGUUGACGAUCACAUUGCCGAAGAAAAUGGAACGAGUCAAAAUCAGCCUAAUGUCAAUGGUGAAGGGUCGUUGAAGAGAAUUAGAGAAGACGAAACUGAGGAUGAUCCGUCAAUACAGGGAAGAGAGAAAAGAACAAAAGAAUCAGAAGUGGAAGUGGAAGUGGAUGCAAACACGCACACGAAUGCGAAUGAGGGUAUAGAAGCGGAUCUGAAUGAUCCAUAUUCAAUUGCCAAUUCAAUCAGCGCAAAUCUAAACCGUGAUUUAGAUCAAAACCAAAUACAAUUACCAACAACUCUUCCUUCGUCGGUCACUGUACCAUCACCCAACGCCAAUCUCAGCUCAAGUCAAUUGACGACGAUUAUUCAUCCCCCGUUCAUAAUCCCAGAAGAAGAACUGAAAGGUCUCAAACUAGACUUGGAUUUAGUGUCUAGUACACUAAAUAUCGACCAAUUGGAACAGAUGAGAGCAAGUCUAUUUGAUAUCAUCUGGAGAGGGAGAACCGAAUGGAAUAGAAAAGAGAUGAUGAUGAAAAUGAGACAAAGAACCAUUGAAUGGGGUAGAGAAGUUGAAAAGUGGAGAGAAGGUGGCAGAUGGUAG